AUGGAUGUAGAAGAGAAUGCAGGGAUCGAGCUGGAGAGCCCAUCUGCUGUUAUGGAGCAUGCAAGAGACUUGUACAUGUCGAAGGAUUAUCGAAACCUGGAGGUAUUGUUUGGAAAGUGCUUGAAGAAGUCCUACAAUCUGGAUUUCUGGAUGUUAUACAUUGAGUAUGUUAAGAAAGUCAGUCAAAAGAAGUUCAAGCUUUAUGAGGUGUAUGAGUUUACAUUAGGACAGUUUGAGAAUUACUGGGACUCUUAUGUACUGUACAAGGAGUAUAUUGAGGAGUUAGGAAAGAUUGAGGAUGAGCAGACAAGGAUUGAGAAGAUAAGGAAUGGAUACAUGAGGGCGUUGCAGACACCCAUGAAUUCGCUAAGCGAGCUGUGGAAGGACUUUGAAAACUUUGAGCUUGAGCUCAACAAGAUUACAGGGAAAAAGAUAGUUAGUGACACUCUUCCUAUAUUCCAGAGCUCGUUUCAAAGAUACCAGCAAAUACAGCCACUUAUAAGGAGUUGGAGCAUCAAAAAUGCAGCAAAGCUAAUAAACCUAGAGAUGGAGAACGAGGCGAAGCUUGGGGCAAGGGCCCAUGAGUCUCGGAUGCACUUUAUACACAGCUACAUUCUGGACUCGUUCUACUAUGCAGAUGAAGCCUAUUUUUUUUAUAGUGAAUACCUGAUUGGAAUUGGACAAAAGGAAAGGGCAAAGAAAGUGAUACAAAGAGGGAUUGGGAUGAAUGAUGGAAUGUUUCUAUCUUUGUAUUACGGGUUUGUGAUGGACGAAGAGAGUGUCUAUGCAGAUCUGAAAGGAAAGUACUGUGCAAAAGAGGGAGACGGCACCGAGAAGACUCUUAGCAGAGAAGGAGACCUGAUAAGAAUCAACCAUUUGAACUAUGUCCUAAAGAAAAGGGGCCUUGAGUCUUUCAGGAAAUUGUUUAUCGAGCUUGGAGGUGAAGGAAUAGGCCCUCAUGUAUUCAUAUACUGUGCGUUUGUUGAGUACUAUGCAACAGGGAGCCGGGCAACACCUUACAACAUCUUUUCCUCUGGACUUCUGAAGCAUCCCACCUCUACUUUGCUGAAAGAAGAGUUUUUCCUAUUUCUACUCAAGAUAGGGGAUGAGGAGAAUGCAAGAGCCCUGUUCAAGAGACUCGAGAAGACAAGUAGGAUGUGGGAUUCGAUGAUAGAAUACGAGUUCAUGGUUGGAAGCAUGGAGUUGUUCAGGGAGCUUGUUGACCAAAAGAUGGGCUCAAUCAGAGACAACACAAUUCUUCCCUCCCUUCCGGUGAAAGACCAAAGCAUACAGAUGGAAGGAAUAUUAGGAAAGUACCACUGCUUUCUUAGUUCGUUUAACUUCCUUGAUCUGAAGAUUAAAGAUAACUCAAGGCUUCUAGACGAAUUUGUAGAGAACCUUCCGAAGAUAAGCCAGCAGAACAAUGUGCUUUCUAACUUAAAGCCCGAGAAGAUAAUAGAUCUCCUCAAAUGUAUUCAAUGA